AUCUGUGAACAAAAAAAUAAGUAAUUGAAGAGGACGCUCGAAAGUUUUCUUAUAUGCAUACAUUUAUAGCAAAAGCGCUGAAGAAUUGUUUCAAGAUCUUCGCAUUAAUUUAUUACUUUUAUCGUUUUAUUGUUGAGCAUUUUUGUAAAAUUUGAAAAUAUUGUAUUACGCUUUAAAUUAAAAACAGCUGAUUUUGUUUACAAAUAUUUCGAUUCAUAUAGUAGAAUUGAGGUUAAAUGCGAGUAAAUGACCGUAAUAACAGCUGACGGCUAACUGAUAAACAAUGGGGAUAUUUUAUCGAUAUUCUUAAAAAUGGCACUUAUGUUUACGAUAUAAAGAGAAAAUUGAUGUGAAGAUCACAGUAAACAAAAAGUCAGUACUUAGCUUGUUUCCAUAACUUAUGAUCAUAUAAAGAAACUAUCCUUUUUUUAAACAAAAGAAACGUGGCGAAAGCAAAAUCACGUACGGAAAAUCUUUCACUUUUAAUGACAAUCAAUUUUUACUUGCAGGCAAUUUGUUGAAACAAUGCUAAAAAUAUGUAAGGAAAAUAGCAUCAAAAAGAAAAGCUAAGCGAAAAGAGCUUCUGUAUAGAAAUUGUUAAUUUAACAAAAAAAAAAAAAGUAAGUUGUACAUACAACGUUCCUGUUUUAAAUGUGUGAAGCGCUGAAAAAUAAAAAGACUGAACAUAACUUGUAAAAGCAAGACCUGAGAUCUGUAAAGGUGGGAGUAGAAAUAGGGCAUUACUGGAAAGGGAAAUAUAUUAACUAAAAGCGAACAAAACAAAAAAAAAAUAUCCAAAAAAUAAAUUGCGGUUUCGUUAAUAAUGGGAAAACGCGCACCGCAAACCGCUACGACAAUUGAUUCGCAUCAUUUACAUCCUAUAACACCGACUGCUACUGCUACCCGUAGUAUACGCAAACGUAAGCGUAAUCCUCCUAGCGAAGCCAAAGAACUGGAGUCGGCUUUAGCAGCACCAUGCCCAAAAACGUUACGUAUGAAUACCUCCGCUCAUAACUAUUGGCAGCACUAUAACGACGAUGAAGAUUCGUCUUCCAACGACACGCCAUUACCUUCUGUACCUUUAACACCUCGUAAUUAUACAACUAAACAAGCUAACAAUUCGUCCAUACUGCUUAACAGCAGUUCUUUGAAUAACAGUUUAGGUGGCGGUGGUGAUUAUAAUUGCUCAUCAACUGAGUCACCUAAACCUGUUUAUACGUUAAGACCAUCACUAGUUAAUGGAACUAUUUUACACGAUUUAACGCAAAAACCUUGGCGCUUAGGUAGACCUAUAGGUAAAGGCAAUUUUGGCGAAAUAUUUUUAGCCUCAGACAAUAUUAGCAUUCCGGUUACAAAUGAAAAUGCAAAAUAUGUGGUCAAAAUCGAACCACACUCGAAUGGGCCCUUGUUUGUGGAGAUACACUGUCUUAUGAACACUGCCAAAAAGAAUAACGCUGUUAAAGAAGAUUGUAAAGGUUCAGUUAACAUGAAUAAACCAUCUGGAAUACCAGAUUACAUAGCUUCGGGUUCUCAUUAUUUUGGCAGCGCUCGUUACCGUUUUUUGGUUUUGCCACGUUUUGACCGUGACCUGCAUUCACUUAUCAAAAAUUGCCGCGUGCAUCAAAAAUCUGUGCUUACACUGGCUAUACAAAUUGUUAAUGUUUUGGAAAAGCUACACGACAGUGGUUAUUGUCAUAAUGAUGUUAAAGCGCAAAAUUUAAUGAUUUCAAAGUGCAAAUAUUUAAAACAGCAAAAGCAAGAGGAAGGGCAAACCACGAUAAAUGACAGUAAAUUUCCAAACGAUCAACAUUUGAAGAUGAAAACUUCUAAAUAUAAAGAAGAAAAUUUUGAUGAAAAGCAACAGACUACUGAUAGUGGCAAUAGUUCUGAGCAAGAGGCCAACGACGAGGAAGAUGAGGGCUUUGUGCUCAAUGGUAGAGCGUCCAAUAAUAACAAGAAGACGAAAAAAGACUAUGAUAACGAAGAGGAAGAUGAAGAUUUUGACGAUGGCGCUACGACAAACAGCGCCCAAAGCAUUAGUCUGGAUAUGUAUAGCACACCUAUAAGUCGUAAUCGAACACAUCGCGUUACAGCGAAAACCACAACGGCAACGCAUAAGGUGGAAUACAGCGGUUCAAAUCCGGUACGAUCAUGUCGUAGACAGAAACGUAACUCCAUGUAUGACGAAAUGGUAACAUCCCAUUAUUUGAGACCGUCGAAACGCAUUAGUUAUUCUGAAUUCUUCAGCGAGGACGGAUCUUCUGCAAAUAGUGGCAGUGUCGAACGCAGUCCGGAUCACGUGAAUUCUAACUCUUCGGACGAGGAUUUUGAGGAAUGUUUGCCACUUUCGCUGCGUCCUCGUAUAGUCUCUGAUCGGAAAUCCUAUGGUGCGAAUACCAGUAGUUAUCGACGUUUAACUAAACGUCAGGAAAAACUAUUAAGUGCCAAAGAAAAGCACAACCUGAUUGUAAAAGAAAAAAUGGAACAUGACAUAAAAUAUACAAAAAAUGGAAACGCUUCUUUAGCACAAUAUAAACGACCAGAAAGUUGGAUUGAAUUUGAAGAGGAGCGUAUAUUUCUGAUCGAUUUCGGUUUGGCUUCCAAGUACACCGACAACGGUGUACAUCGCCCAUUUAUUAUGGAUCAGAGGCGAGCACACGAUGGCACACUUGAAUUUACUUCCCGCGAUGCUCACAUGGGUGCUCAUUCCCGCCGAAGUGAUAUGGAAUGUUUAGGAUAUAACUUAUUAUAUUGGUCGCAAGGCUAUCUGCCUUGGAAGGAUGCAGCCAAUAAUCAACAGCAAGAAAAGGUACACCGAGCCAAGGAAUAUCUGAUGACUGAUGUACGUGAACUGCUUAGACAGAUCUACGGAAAACAUAUUCCUUCAUAUUUAGGAGAAUUCUUGCAUUUAGUAAGUCAAUUAUCUUAUCAGGGAAGGCCGGAUUACGGGCGAUACAAACGACUUUUUGAAAAAGAGUUCAAACAGCUAGGGUACUCGGCAGCCGAGAUGCGUUUAAGUAUGCAGGAUAUUCAACGCACUUGUGUCCGCGUUAAAGACAAAAUAGAACAAAAGGUAGACUCUUUCGAAAUUGGUGGGCAGCAACCUGCAAUAUUAAACGCGGUACAAAAUUUUAACUCUGGUAUCGUUACGCCGUAUCAUGAACGAACUGCAACGAAUCGCGUGUCGCCAAAGAAUCUCCGCUCAAAGUCGGAUAAAAAGACUAUGAAGAAAAAAACGUUUUCAUGGACCGAAAUUUUAUCGCAAGAUCCUGAUCAAAUCGCAAGGGAAAGAGCCGAUAGGGAGUUCGAUCGUGAAGAAGAACUGAGUGAAGAGCAACAGCCUGCAUUAAAACGCUAUCAUGGUAAGCCCACUUACGCUAUAUUAAAAAUAAUAAAGCGUUUGCGAGAAAAUGGCCGCGCCGUGGAUAAUUUCGAACCUCAAAUGACACCUGAUAAUAACGUGCUUAUGAUGGAGACAUCGGCUAUCGGACAUGACUAUGUUAUAGAACAAAGCGCCAAAAAGAAUGACGACGAAGAAGCUGAUGGAAGAAACCUGAUUUCUCGUAAAAGUUCGAAGAAAAAGUUAAUUUUGAAAACUUCAGAAAAUGCAGAAACGGUACUAACAGCAUCAUGUCCAACGUUAGUGAAGUCGCGAACACGACGUAAGAAAGCCGCGCAAUUACCUUUAAGAUACUCACCUUCCAUCGAGGUUAAGUCAACUGGUAAAAUAAAAAAACGCCGUCGGAAACCGAAAAGUCCAUGCGAUGUAAAUCACACAUCAAUCGAAUUGAAAGGGAGUGCCGAAAAGCAUUCUGCAGAUACGAAGAGAGAGCGUCGCGUCCGGCGAUGUCUUAUAAAGGAUACCUCUGCGCCAGACUUAUCAGAAGAUGAUAGCAAUUCGAACUUCAGCACAGAGAACCGCGCAACAUUAAAUGCUUGGAAGAAAAUUAGCAAUGAACCUGUGCAUCUGCGUAAUUUCAAGAAAUGAUUUGAACAAUUCCCACAAGCAACACCUAUUGUAGCGGUUAUCGCUUAAAAUUUGUUAUAUAUUGUUGAAAAAGAGAAUGAUGAGAACAAAUUUCGUUUAAGAGAACACACAACAGAUCGGGGGGAAAAGAAGAAAUGUGUGCGAGUGUAUAUGAAAAAUGCAUUGACCUUUAUAAAUAAUCGGCACAGGAAGGCAAAGUGAAGUAUUAUUAAUAUUAGAGGAAAAAUAUCUUCGUUUUCGAUACAUAUAAAUGAAACCAAAUCUGCUUCAUGUCUAGCCUUUUUUUUCACUGGCAUAUAUUCAUAUCCUUCAUGCAAGCAUACAUAUAAAUAUCCACUGCAUUAACAAAACUUGUAUAGAAAUCCUUCAUAAAACUCGGGUUAGUUUUUUUAUGAUUAAGAAUUAUUUUUAAACAACGGCUCAUUCAAACGAGUGCAUCGUUUUAGCAAAGAGAUGGAAUAUUAUUUAAUAAGAAAGGAAAGUAUUCAUUAGAUUUUAAUUCUAUUUACAUUAAGUUUAUUUUUCUAUGGAAUUUAGUUCUUUAUUUUUUUAAUUUCAUUCUCUCGUUUUCAGGACUUAGUGUAUCCAUUAUUUCUAAAUGCUAUACAUUUUUUUUACAUUAUUGUUUAUUUGUUGCAAGUCUCUAGCUUUAAUAUUAUUUUAUUUUU